AUGAUAAUUUUAAGAACAUUAUUGAAAUAGAGAUUUUCUACUCAAACUAGUUUUAUAAAUUUCUCUACUCGUGAUGGAUUUGAGAAUGAAUCAGAUGAUGACAUAGAUAUUAUCGAUUCUCCAAAAGAGGAAGUCAAAGUUGUAUAAAAUGAAUAAGAAUUGAUGACACUCAUUAGUGAACAUGUAGAUCCUAAAACCUUGAUAGAUAUAUUUAACAAGAAUAAAUAUAUAUUUAGCUUAUAACAUUCAUUACUGACAAUUCGCAUCAUUGCUCAUUUCUUGAAUUCUGUAAAAUAUUAUGAAAAUGAACCUAUAUUUCGCAAAGGAAUGGGUGAUAUAGCAAUACUAUUAAAUAACUAAAUUGAACAACUUACUCCCAUUGAUUUACUUGAAUUGCUUUGCUUCAAAUCUAAAUAUUAGGUCAAAGGUCAAUCAUCAUUACUUCAAAAUUUGGAUGAUAAAAUGUUAGCAAACAAUCUAAAUAAGAUAUUACAAAACUGCACUGAUUUCAGUAUUAGACAUUACAUUAAUAUUUGGUAUGAUUCCUAAGUUUUAAACAUGUAAUUGCCUUAAAUUCAAUAACUGGUGGAAGAUCGAUUAUAGGCUGAACCUCUUUCCUCAAUGGAAGUGAUUCUUAUAAUAAGAUGUGAAAUGAUGAAAUCCUAAAAAAAGAAAUAUCUAAAUUCCAGUUUAAUUGAAUUCUGUAUUUCUCAUUAUGACGCUAAUUCAUUCUAUUACGAUUUCUAGUAAGUAACCACAUUUUACAUUAUGUUACUUAAGAUGAAAUAUUAAUAUUUUAACCCAUAUUUAGAAUCACACCCUAUUCUCAUUAAAAUGAGAUAAUUCUUAACCGAUACCCUCAACGUAAUGGAUGAACACACUAUUAUAUCAUUAAUAUAAAAUUACCAAUUUUUACCUGUUGAUGUUUAUCCAGUAUUAGAAAUCAAAAUUAAAGAAUUUUUGUUUAAACAACUAAGUUUGAGACCUUAAAAAAUAUCCUUACAUUUUAUUUAAUAAUUUUUAAUUAAUUUAGAAUAGAUUUGUACAGCAUAAGAGGUUGAAAAAUUAAUUGAUGAAAUUAUUUAAAGGCUAUCAUUAGAAACUAAUCAGCAUUCGCUCUUUUAAGCUAAUAAAGUGUCUCAGAUUUUUUUAAGUUUAAACAAAUUAACAUUAACUGUUAACUCUAGAUAAAAAUUGAGUACCUUUUCUGAUUAUGUAAGAUAAGUCUGUGAAUUUUCCUUUCCAGAAAAUGGUCUUCUAUACUUGAGGUUUAUAUGUGAAUAGGAAGUUGAUUCCUUUUUAAAUGAGGAGAAUGCAUUUGCUCGUCCCCUCCACUCAUAUGCUGUAACCAAGAAUGAAAAACUUAAACUUAAAUUGAGUGGUCACUUAAAUAAAAAAAUCAAAGAUAAUCCAAUAAAAAUGAUAAAUGAAAUUUUAAGUUUCCAAUAUUAAGAUUAACAAAUAUUCAAAGAUUUGUUUCCUAUUAUUAUAAUAGAGUUUAUGAAAAAGACUCACUAUUAAGAAAGGUACUUGCCACAUUUAUUUAAAUUGUUGAAUGAUGUUAAAUCUUUAAAUCUUCUAAAAGAUUGUCUUUCCUACAAAAAAUCAGAUGUUUAUCGUUUAGCAAAUAAAAAUAACUUAACAGAAUUAUAAGCCUAGAUCUUUGGUGGUCGACUUUUAUAAUAAAUCGAAAGAUAUCAGAGACAUGGUGUUUUGAAUCUAAUUCUGAAUUCGAAUCUCGCUAUACAGAUUGGAAAAAAGAAUCCUGAAUAUUUAGCUACUAUAAUGAGUAUUAUAAAAUAGUAAAAGGACGGAAUUGAAACAUAUUAAUUUUGUAAAUACUUAAAAGAUUUCAAUGUGGAUUACAGAUAACUAGAUUAGAAAAAAUAGUGGAUCUAUAUAAUUCUUAAAAAUGUGUAGAGAAGAAAAUGA